GUAUGACCAAUAACGGUAGAAUGUUGCUUCACAAUCACACUAAGCACAGUAUGUAAAAACCCGCAUGCAUGUUGAUACCAAGAUAUGAGGGCAACCCACUGCUAUUACACAACGUUGUAUCUAAGCGUUGAUGCCUGUACUGAAAGCUGCUCAGCGGGGAGUGGGCUGUCAGACACAGCUGUUGGGUAUCAGGGCUCACUGCUGCCUGUUUUUGUCCCCUCCACCAUCACUACAAUAAGCCAGGCUGCCAACCAGGGAGUUUGGGUUUGGAUGAGUGAAGAAGAAUAUCAAUGCUUGAGAAAGGUGCAUCUUGAAAGCAUUGACCAGCUCAGAAAAUUGGACAUAGGCUUCUGCGUCAAUACUAUCUGUGUUGUAGGUAAGCACAACUCCUUAUGCAAAGAUUGCAUGAUUAUGACUGGUGAAGGUAUAAGACAGGUAAUACUAUGCUUUCCCGUCAAUACAGGCUUAUACGAUUUUAAGCAGUGUUUUUUAGAACUAUGUUGAUUUAGUCUAACACCAGUGAUUAACAUCUGAUUUAGUUCAGAAUGUUUAUUUUGUAUUUAUUUUUAAUGACACCUUAUUGCCAAAAGGAACUGGAGAUAUAAUAGGCCUUGCCUAUAAAAACGUUUGCGUUACAGUGAACAUUUUUAAGAUGAUCAUCAAAAUAUAUGAUGGUAUGUAUUAUGCAAUCUUAUAACGGUUGCUGUAUAUCUUCUGGCCAAACAAGUACUGUAUACAAAGUCCCUCCUCCUAUUCCAUCAGGUUCAUUCCGUUUGAUUUCAAUAACUUUUAGACCACAACACUUUUGAUUUCCACAAAAGUUGUCAGAAAGUUACUUUUUGGACCUGAAUGCCAAAACAUUUAGGAGAUUGUCAAACAUUUAGAGUGUUGUCAAACUAUUUUAUAAUUUCUUGAAUUUUAUUUUUUUUUAUAAACAUUUUGAAAUUCUUUAACCUUUAAUGGUAAACUCCUAUAAAAUGUGUGCAUAUGUUGUAGCUUAGUACCUAUUUUACAUAAUAUGAGGUGCUUGUGUUGUGCCCUCCAUCGGUUGAGCCAUAGCAUACUUGAAUACAGGGUGGUUGGCAUUUCAAUCAUAGAAAUAUAAUUCACCAUUCUAUGUCAGAUGUCAGGACACUCUAGGCCUCAACUCUUGACAAUCCAACCUUAAAACUCUUGAACAUUAGCAAAGCUUAUUAUCAUUAUAACUAACCGCCAAAGGUUUCCCCAUUCAUCUGUGACAUUACUCUCAGUAGGAAAGAUGACAAUGUAACAGAUGUCUCACCCUUCUCAUUGUUCAAUUGAUAGUUGUAUCAGCUUCAUAUCCACCAACGUCUGUAAUGAUGCAUGUUUACGUCCUUCAGAAUGACUAUACAAUCUUGAUACUCAGAAGCAUAAUUUGCUCUUUAGCCACCAUGUUUUGGGGCUAUCCAAAUUUUCUUAGUCUCUGGUGCUAUUAGCCUUUCCAUUUUCACAUAACUAUCUGUACUCCGAAAAGCUCUGUAUUAAAACUUUUACUUCGACCAGAUCCUGGGAGUCAAGUCUACUUUUUACCUUUACAAAGUCAACUUGCUACUGCAAAUGACCAUCUACAGUGUGUUGUAAAGAAGUGGGAUUCAUUCAACUCCACAACAGAGGUAAGUGGUUUACUUAUGACCAGGAUGCAAGUGGUUAAUUAGAGAUUCUGACAUCCCCCUGGCAACCUCAGUCACGCUGUACUCUUUCUAUAGCUGUACUCUUUCUAUAGAGCCAUGUCUCACGAAUGAUUACCCUUUUCACAUUACUGCGCUGACCUCAACCAAACUGAGCUGACUUGGAAACGUUCUUUCACAUUGGUCUUGUUCGACAUUGCAGCCAACAGUGCGGGCAACUACCGACGGACUGAUCUGCAAAAAACCUUGCAUUGUAAAUAACUACUCACUAUUAUUUGUAGGUCAGUCAGUCACAAUUUACCCGUGAUGCAUUUAAGCGAUAAGGCCCAAGGGGGUGUGGUGUGUGGCCAAUAUACCAUGGCUUAGGGCGGCUCUUAUGCAUGACGAAACGCCUGGAUACAGGCCUUAGCCAUUGGAUAUUGGCCAUAUACCACAAAUCCCCAAGGUGCCUUAUUGCUAUUAUAAACUGGUUGCCAACGUAAUUAGAGCAGUACAAAUAAAUGUUUUGUCAUACCAGUGGUAUACGGUUGGAUAUACCACGGCUGUCAGCCAAUCAGCAUUCAGGGAUCGAACCACCCGGUUUAUAAUAUGGUUUUGAUCCUCUUCAACCCGGCCAUUGUCUUUAAAGGGGGGAGGCUAUACAGACACGCCUUGUGCGCAAAUUGAUGAUGUUUGUCAUGCAGGGAGAGUCAAGUGGAGACGAAGCUGGGACUUGGGAGUGUACAGAAUCAUUACAUUUUUAUCAGAGUAAUUGUUGAAAAUCACUGCAAUAAAUGGGCUUUAGCCAUCACCCUGGCCGGAUAUUGGCUACACUAUCUAGCUACUUCCCUCGCCUUACUGAGGCAAGCAGGAGCUAAAGGACACUGUGCCCCAUGAUGUGUGUUGCCUGACUGUAGUGCAAACUCUCCCCGUUGAGCAGUGUAGACUAUCACAGUGACAUCCAGAUGGUUACUCUCAGUAUUACAAGUUAUUUAUUAUGUAGGCUGCUGUCCUGCUCUAAAUAAAAUCAAGUGGGAUGGAACAAAUUGGAGAUGGUGUCUAAAUCCAGAUGAAGGCCAAUACUACAAGUUAUUUCGCCCAUCGAAGUAAACAUCACGUUCUUUAACAAGUCGUCAUUAGCGCCAUGCUGCUGUUGCCAGCUAGCCAUCAUAAACUAGCUGUGAAGGGCUCAUCAGCACCACUGGAUCAGGACAACUGACUGAACUGAGUUUAUUUGUCUUCACACUCAACUCUCAGCUGUGCGACAUACUUCAUCAAUUUGGACAACAGGCGUGUCCAUAUAGCCUCCCCCUCUUUAAAGCUCCCUUUUUGCCAUGGCCUUAUGUAGGUUAUUUUGUGUGUUGACAUUACAGCAGGCGUGGUGGUGAGUGUAAGAAGGCUACCAUCCCAGCAGCACCAUGAGUCUGGAUGAGGAUGCACGGUGGCUGGAGUGGGUCACCAAGCAGUUUGAGAGCAUCGCGGGAGAAGACAAAGAAAUUGACCUGGAGGAGUUCAAAACGGCCCUCAAGGUCAAGGAGUCUUUCUUUGCGGAGCGGUUCUUUGCGCUGUUUGACUCUGACGGUAGCAAAACCAUCAGUCUGGAUGAGCUGCUGGAGGCUCUGGACCUGCUGAUCCAUGGCAGCGAGACGGACAAGCUCCGCUUCCUCUUCCAGGUCUAUGACGUCGAUGGCAGUGGCUCGAUUGACCCAGACGAGCUGCGCACGGUGCUCAAGUCGUGCCUGCGCGAGAGCGCCAUCUCCCUGCCAGAGGAGAAGCUGGACGACCUGACCCUGGCUCUGUUCGAGUCGGCUGACAAGGACAACAGCGGCUCCAUCACCUUCGAGGAGCUCAAGGCCGAGCUGGAGAACUUCCCUGAGGUUAUGGAGAACCUCACCAUCAGCGCUGCCAACUGGCUGAAGCCUCCCGGCCUGGAGCAGAAGAAGGGGCGGCAUACCCCGCGCUACCUGACUCCGGCGUACUGGCACAACAACAGCCGGAAGCUCCUCUUUCUGUGUGCCUACACUUGCCUCAACCUGCUGCUGUUCAUCACCGCCAUGCUGAAGAACGCAGAGGGGGGAUUCUGGUACAUGGUGGCCAAGGGCUGCGGCCAGUGCCUCAACUUUAACUGUACCUUUGUCAUGGUGCUAAUGCUGCGGCGCUGUUUGACCUGGCUGCGGGCCACUUGGGUGGUGAGGGUGCUGCCUCUGGACCAGAACAUCCUGCUGCAUCAGAUGGUGGGCUACGCCAUUGUCACCUUCUCCACCGUGCACACCACUGCCCACUUCAUGAACUUUGUACACCUAUCUCAGAACAGCAGCUACAGCCUGUGGGAGCACCUUUUCACUACUCGGCCAGGGAUUGGCUGGGUGCAGGGCUCUGCAUCCCUUACCGGCAUGGUGCUACAGAUCAUGAUCUGUCUAAUGGUGGUCUGUUCCAGCACCUUUGUCCGCCGCAGUGGACAUUUUGAGGUGUUCUACUGGUCCCACCUGUCCUAUGUGUGGGUGUGGGCUUUGCUGGUGGUGCACUGUGCCAACUUCUGGAAGUGGUUUGUGGUGCCUGGUGUGAUCUUCCUGCUGGAGAAACUAGUGGGCGUUGCUGUUUCUCACAUGGGAGGCCUCUACAUUGUGGAGGUCAACCUGCUGCCAUCUAAGGUGACCCAUCUGGUAAUCAAGCGGCCCCAGUUUUUCCACUUCAAACCAGGGGACUAUGUUUACAUCAACAUUCCAGACAUCGCAAAGUAUGAGUGGCAUCCUUUCACCAUCAGCAGUGCCCCAGAGCAGCCAGAUACUCUGUGGUUGCAUAUCCGCUCCAUGGGCCAGUGGACCAAUCGUCUGUAUGAGUACUUCAGGCAGCCAGACAGCCAGGUGGUCAGCACCAAGAGACUGAGCGCCAGCCUGAAGGACAGACGGCACCAGAGGAGGGCCCAGGAGGAGCUGUUUAAAUGUGCGAACUGCAACGGGACGGUGGCCUCCAACGAGGACGAUGCCAUCGAGCUAACCCUGUAUCGACAAAACGGGUGUAGACCAGGGCCAGGACCAUGCCCAGGACCAGGGCCACAGGGGCCCAACCCAGACCAGCAGAACCAAGCAGAGAGAGGAGAAGGCCCCCAACUCAGAGAGACCACAGCCAAGCUUAGUGAAAACCACAGGUUCUGCAACGUCAAAUGCUUCGUGGAUGGGCCCUAUGGGACUCCGACGAGACAGAUCUUUGCCUCUGAACACGCGGUGUUAAUCGGUGCCGGUAUUGGGAUCACGCCUUUCGCCUCCAUCUUACAGAGCAUCAUGUACCACUAUCGCAUGAGGAAACAGAACUGUCCCAACUGCAGCUACUCGUGGUGUGAGAACAUCAAGGACAGUGAGAUGAAACUGAGGAAGGUUGACUUUAUCUGGAUCAACAGAGACCAGAAAUCAUUUGAGUGGUUUGUGAGCCUCCUGACCAAACUGGAGAUGGAUCAGGCUGACGAAGAGCCAGAGGGCCGCUUCUUGGAGAUGCACAUGUACAUGACCUCUGCCCUCAGCAAGAAUGACAUGAAGGCCAUCGGCCUGCAGAUGGCACUAGACCUCCUGGCCAAGAAGGAAAAGAGGGAUUCCAUCACUGGCCUUCGCACCCGCACACAGCCAGGGAGGCCAGAGUGGGGGAAGGUGUUCCAGAAAGUGGCAGAGGAGAAGAAAGGGAAGGUUCAUGUGUUCUACUGUGGAGCCCCUGCACUGGCUAAACUCAUCAAGGCCCAGUGUGAGCACUUUGGAUUCAACUUCUACAAGGAGAACUUUUGAGGACUGUCCAACAUUUUUCCACACUGACAUCAGCACCCUCAACUAAAUCCACACACCUAUGUGCUGAUCUAUGUCAACAGUUUCUGUACCAUACAGGCUGGUUGUCCACAAGCACUAUCUCGUGCUGAAUCCGCACUAUGCCGUUGCCAACCCAAGUAUGUGAAACCGACAAUCAGUAUGCUGCUAACAUCUUUGCUUCUUCCACUGUCCCUGCCCCCUUACUGGGCUCGAACCAGUGGUCCUCUGAAUUCAAACACACCGCCCUCCUUGAAAACAUACCAACUAGUUGUGCUAUAAAAAAAGGAUCCGAUAGGACCAUUGGCGUGCCUGCCCUUAAUGCUUGCCUUGGUCAAGAAGUAUAAUGUGGGCCUUUAGACUGUAUAUUCUAUCACAUUUAGUAUUCAAAUGGAUCUACCUUGCUUUAAACCAAAACACAUUCCAAAGCACAAAUACUAAAUGGCAGACAUUGUGACAGAGAAUGAAAUUAUGUUCACACCAUACACAGUUAAUAGUUUAUGUACCUCUUAACUAUGUGUUGUUGCCAAUGGAUCUGAUGGUUUUUUUUUUAACUAGACAAGUCAGUUAAGAAUAAAUUCUUAUGUAUUUAUCUUAUUUUGACAGCCUACCCCAAACAACACUGGGCCAAUUGCACGCCGCCCAAACCAUGGCCAGUUGUGAUACAGCUUGGAAUUGAACCAGGGUCUGUAGUGAGUUCUCUAGCACUGAGAUGCAGUGCCUUAGACCACUACGCCACUCGGGAGCAGUGCUUGUAUUGGAUGUAUUGUAGUAGAUAUAUUUGAAGUUUCUGCUUAAAUCUUCAUGGAAGGUUGUUAAGAUACAAAAUACAGCAUAAUAUGCACCUUGGUGGAAGGGUUAAAUGGGUAAGCCUAAGUAAUGUAGUGAUUGUUCUGCAUCCUGGGUAAGACCAGAAGAUGUCCAUUAUUAUAGGAAAUAUAGAACAUGUCAAACUAACAUUACAAUUUUAUAAAACGUAUAGCUAUUCUAUGUUAUGUAACUAAAGUGCCUUCAGAAAGUAUUCACACCCCUUGACCUUUUCCACGUUUUCUUUUAUUACAGCCUGAAUUUAAAAUAGAUACAAUUUAGAUUUUUUUUUUGUC